CCAGCAUCAUGUUCUUGUGAAGGACCCGGAUGAAUAUGUAUGUUUUUUGUAUAACUUUGGAAAAGCAGUUCAGGCAAGAACAAUUAAUGCGAUCAUUCCUGAAAUCGAAGUAGUUGUGUGUGUUAUAUGACUUCUGCAACCAUGAGAUGUAUACGCAGUCUAAGUUUAUUUAGUCCAAGAAGAAUUUUCUUAAACAAAUCCUCGAUCAUAAGGCUGAAUAAUGUGAAAGGGUUUCGCAGAGUUGCAGCUCUCAGCACCUAUGAUAUGAGAAAAGUCGAGCUGACUCCUUUGGAGCAGCGGAAAUUGACGUUCGACACCCACGCUCUAGUGAAAGAGCUGGAAGCUAAUGGGUUUGAAAAAGGACAAGCGGAAGUGAUUGUGUCAGCACUGGUGACACUUACUACGGCCAACAUGGACAUUGUCUACAGGGACAUGGUAACUGGCACCCAUCAGGAAAUAGCUCUUCAGCAGAUCAUGGCUCACCUUGACUCUAUAAGAAAGGACAUGGUGAUUCUGGAGAAGAGUGAGUUUGCUAACCUACGUUCCGAAAACGAGAAAAUGAAAACGGAACUCGAACAAAUCAAGAGAAGGCUCAUGGAAGAGAGUCAAAAAAUCAGCGCUGAUGCGAAACUGGACAUAAAUCUGGAAAGAAGUAGGGUUACAGACAUGUUUACCGAGCAAGAUAAGAAGCUUAUAGAAAUUAGCACAGAAUUCCACAAAAAGAAUGCGGACCUUGACCGUGGCACGAUGGAAACAACGAGGAAAAUUGACUUAGAGGUGGCCUCAUUGAAAACACUCCUAGAAUCUCUUAAGCUUGACACUAUUCGAUAUCUUGCAGCUUCAGUGUUCUCCUGCUUAGCCAUUGCCUUAGGUUUUUACCGUCUCUGGAAGUAGUAGGACUCAAUCAUCAUAUGGUGACAUAUUUAAGGACCAGAAAAAAUAGGCACCGUUGCAACCUCACAUGGAGACUGAAUGUGAGAAAAGUAUUUGCGUAAUGCAAAUUUUGCACCAUCGUUAAAUUUAUCUUCAGUUUUUGUUUUUAUUAAUAUAAUGCAGAUUCUGUCAGACCUUUUUCAUUGUUAAUUGCAUGUGCCUUUGAACCAUUUUGUGCCUUCAAAAAAGGUUUUAAAAUCAAUGUGGACCGUUUAGCUUGGUCAUGCUGACGCCUACAUUUACACAUAAACCAAUAAAUGACUGAAUGCUGGGUUUUACUGAUAGAGCUAUAUUUGCGGAUGUCAGCUCACUUUCAGAUCUAAAACCUAGGAGAGCUUAAAAAAUGCCGUACUGGUAACACAGGAAGAACACUUCACAAAUUUAAGGUUUCAAAUAUCAAAAGAAAAUGACAUCAGAACUCAAAACAUAACCUCCCACUUAUAAAUUUAAUUAAAUAAAAAGUCACCCUGAAACCCAAAGGAACCCCAAGAAGAGCAUUCAAACUCCAGUCAUGCAUAGCAGGGGGGGGGCUUUUAACCCCAGGCUUUGGAGGUAUGAUAUGGUCAAUAGUUACAUAUUCAAAUGCAAAAACCAUCAUCUUAAAGCAUUAAUAUAAGGAGUGAGUUUAACCAGCGGGUGGUAAGUAGGGCAAGAUUAUUAGACCUCUGAAUUUCAUUUGCCUUACAACUGAUACGAAAUGCUGACCUAAUCAAUGCUAGACAUGUAUCAAUGCAAGAUUUCAUUAAAAUAUUUAUCCUACUUGAUGCAAUUCAUGAUGGUCCUGGACAUUUCAGUCCCACGUGCUACACAAAAAGUGAGCCUUAACUUUAUGUAAGAUGCUAAGCAGAUGUUUCACUGAUUCUAGGUCCCAAAUAGGUAUUAUCUGCUUAUGGGCAGUGGUGGCUUAAUGGUUAGGGAACCAUACUUGUAAUCGAAAGAUGAUGGGUUUGAAUCCCCGACCAGCAAGACAAUAUUGAAGUGUGAAAUAAAUACUCAAAUUAAUGUUUAAAUACAUUCACUCCCUUCCCGUUGACUUCAUUGGACUUCUCACAUCUACUGACCUAAUUACAGCCAUAUUAAUACAGCAAAGUGGUGCUGUAACACUUCUUAUGGAUGUUGGGGAUUGAUUGGGUAUCCCAUGGAAAUGAUGCUUUGUAUGUAUACAAUAAAGUUAUCAUUUCUCACUGGCUUUA